AUGGCUGUGGACUACAGCUCCGUGAUUCCAGGAUACAACUCCACAGCAGAUGGCUCUAGCCAAGAGGAUUCUACUAAUGGCACAGAACGUGUUGUGGGUGGCACAGGUGUCCAGCCAGGGGCCUGGCCUGGGAUUGCCAGCAUCCAGGUCACUUUGAAUAAUGGUACAUGGCACGUCUGUGCAGGAUCACUCAUCCACCCCCGGUGGGUGCUCACAGCCGCCCACUUCCUCAGCACAGGCAGAGAUGUCAUCAACUGGGAUGUGGUGAUCGGGGCCACCAACCUGGCCCAUCUAGGCCCCGAGACCCGGGUGCGCAAGAUCCAGAGGGUCCUGGUGCACCCACACUAUGUGGCUGCCACGAAGAGCAACAACAUCGCCUUGGUGGAGCUGGACCAGCCCGUGGAGUGCAGUGAAUACAUCCAGCUGGGCUGUGUGCCUGACACCUCGCUGAGAGUGAUGGAGCUCAGACACUGCUACAUCGCGGGCUGGGGAGUCACCUCGGCCAGAGCUCACGGCCCAGGGCUGGUGCUGCAGGAGGCCAAGGUGCGUCUCAUCGAUGUGCAGCUCUGCAACAGCAGCCGCAGGUACGCAGGGGCCGUCAACCCCCACAGCCUGUGUGCCGAGUACCCGCGGGGCGGCGCCAACACCUGCCAGGCUGACAGUGGGGGUCCCCUCACCUGCAAGGACAACAGUGGUGACUAUUUCUGGCUCGUGGGAGUGACCAGC